CUGCUCGAACAGGAUGUGACGUCAAAUACUCUGAAACAAAAAGAUACAGACUUUUCGCAUUGUUUCCGGAUACUUAGAUGCUUAUCACAUCAGCUCGAUUCAGCGUCGAAGUGCACCAAACAUAGAGCAGUUGCUUCUGCCAGUUAAAACACAAGUUGCUGGCCCUCUGAAGUCAUGGUGGACUAUUACCAGAUUCUAGGAGUGCAGAAAAUGGCAUCUCCGGAUGACAUCAAAAAAGCUUACAGGAAACUAGCUCUCAGGUGGCAUCCAGAUAAGAACCCGGACAAUAAGGACGAGGCAGAACAUAAGUUUAAAGAGCUUUCAGAGGCAUAUGAAGUCCUUUCAGAUGCAAACAAAAGGAAUAUAUACGAUAGGUAUGGCAAAGAGGGCUUAGCAGGAGGUGGAGGAGUAGGAGGAGGAGGUCAUUAUAAUGGUGACCACUUUGGAGGAUUCACAUUCCGCAAUCCAGAUGAUGUCUUCAGGGAAUUCUUUGGUGGACGUGAUCCAUUUGCAGACUUCUUUGGGGGAGAUCCAUUUGCUGAUGACUUCUUUGGUGGUGGUCGGAGACAUCAACGGGAUAUGACCAGAAGCCGGACAGGCGGGUCGUUUUUUGGGGGCUUUGGUGGCUUCCCACCUUUUGGUGCUGGGUUUUCAUCUUUUAAUGCAGGUUUCAGCCCCUUUGGGCAUAUGGGAGGAGGUGGCUUUACCUCCUUCUCCUCAAGCUCGAUAGGUGGCGGGGGAGGCGGUGGAGGGAUGGGCAACUUCCGCUCUGUGUCAACCUCCACUAAAUUCAUCAAUGGCAGGAAAAUCACAACAAAAAGAAUCAUUGAGAAUGGACAGGAACGGGUAGAAGUGGAAGAAGAUGGACAGUUAAAAUCUUUAACCAUAAAUGGUAAGGAACAGCUCCUGCGAUUGGAACACAAGUAAGAUAAUGGAGUCCUUUCAGCACAAACUUGAGCUAAAAAAGACACAAUGUUAGUACUGUUGUUCACAUGUCUGUAUAUUUAGUUUUUCUGCUUGUUUGUGGGUUUGUUUGUUUUUCCCAUUUUAUUUUUUUUUAGAACGUCAAGAACAAUUGUUGCUAAUAUAUUUAUAAAUGGGACUGUCAGUAUUUUGGGCAGAGUGCGUAAUUGUUUACUUUUAUUUGGGACCAUAAUGUUAGAUUAGUUUUUCUUUCCGCAAGCACUUUGCUGUGUUGCAGUGUCCUCGUGAAUGCACAUUGCCUUUUGAUUAGUACUUUUGGGCUUUAAGGAAUAAGAGAAUUGUGCAUUGUGUAUGACUUUCCCAACUGAGUGUGGAAUUGGAAUACUUAACUUACUGUUCAAACCCUGAUGGCAACUUGUCUUAUUUGUUUGUUAAACAUAAUCUUUGUAAAUGCUGAUAGAGUCCAUUGUACUGAUAUGCAAUUUGUAUUAUUUUUGAUUGAUGAAACUUUUUUUUUUCCCUCAUUGUUGCAUGCAAGACAACAAAAGUUGUUUAUAGUCGUAAUGUUAUUGUUAAAUAACCUGAUGAGCAUCGGAGGUGAUAUAACUGAUGAACAUUCAAGAAACUUUGUGUACUUUGUAAAAGAAUUUGAACCUAAAUAAAUAAAUAAAUGAGUUUCAUCCUUUUUUGGGAUGUGGCA